AUGGAGAUGAUAGAACAAUUAAAGAAUUCAAUGAAAAAUGAAUUCGAAAUGACUGAUUUAGGAAUUCUUCAUUAUUUUCUUGGCAUGGAAGUUAACUAUGACAAUGGAAAUAUCAGCUUAACACAACAUAAAUAUGCUAAGAAUUUGUUGAAGAAAUUUAAUAUGGAAGGAUGUCAUGAAAUCUCAACUCCAAUGGAAUAUGGGCUUCAGUUAUCUAAGAAUGAUCCCAGUGAAGAGAUAAAUCAGAACUUGUAUCGGAGUUUGGUUGGAUCACUUAUAUACCUGACUAAUACAAGACCUGAUAUAACGUUCUCGGUAAACAAGAUCAGUCAGUUUAUGGAAAGACCAAAACAGAAUCAUUGGGAAGCAGGGAAAAGAAUACUGAGAUAUAUCAAAGGAACGUUGAAUCAUGGGAUAGUUUACUCAAAAGGAAGCAAAGGAAAGUUGGUUGGUUUUAGUGAUAAUGAUUAUGCAGGAAGUGUAGAUGAGAGCAAAAGCACGUCAGGAUACGUAUUCCAUUUCGGAUCAGGUGCAAUAGCAUGA